CAACCCUAAACCUUGUUUUUAAUGCGGCUCGUAUAAAGCAACGGCGCUUCUCCAUCUUCUAUACUUCCUCGUCUGAAGCUGAAUCUAGGGUUUCUGGUUGACAAUGGGGAAGGGAACAGGAAGCUUUGGUAAGAGGAGGAAUAAGACCCACACUCUCUGUGUGAGGUGUGGCCGUCGAAGCUUUCACCUCCAGAAGAGUCGCUGUGCGGCAUGUGCUUUCCCUGCUGCUCGCAAGAGAAAAUACAACUGGAGUGUCAAGGCAAUCCGCAGAAAGACCACAGGAACUGGUAGGAUGAGGUACUUGCGUAAUGUGCCUCGCAGGUUCAAGAGCGGUUUCAGAGAGGGUACUCAAGCCGCACCCAGGAAGAAGGGAGCAGCUGCCACAGCUUAAGUCUCUGGUAGAUCGUUGUUUUCUAAAUCUUGGUAAUGAAUUAUAGGUUUUUGAGGUUUUUACUGUGGGGGCAAGCACUUGGACAAUUAUUAACAGUUUUUAUGGCCUCGUUGCAUCUGUCAUUUUUGUAUCGAGUAAUAUGUAGUUCCUUUAAUUCAAAUGAGAAGACUGUAAGACCUUUUGGUUUUUCACUGAGAGUUUGUGUUUUGUUUUUCA